GAUUCUGUUGACCGUGACGUCACGUUGCACUACACAAAAAUGGUUCCUAGUUUAGUUUUCAAUACAAGCAACGAAAGUGUGCUCAACUUUGGGCGUUAAAUAUGGUCCAGAAAAAGCGCUGAGAGAAUAAAAACGGACGAAAGACACCGAUAUGGAAGCGUGCGCGGAAUCGGGACGCAAACUGCGCUCGAUCUGCAGGAGGAUGUACGAUGAAAACGAAGAUUUGUCGGAUGUUGAGGAGAUCACAAACAUCAGGGGCUUCAACGUGGAAGAUAAACUUGAGAGUCAUUUAUACAACAGUGAAUUGGUUCACUAUAUGGACGGAAAAGAUUUUACAUAUGAAUAUGUUCAAAGAGAGGCACUCCGAACUCCACUUAUAUUUAAGGCCAAAGAUGGACUAGGAAUUAGAAUGCCAGAUCCUGAAUUUACUAUAAGUGAAAUCAAGGGUUUGGUUGGCAGUAGGCGGGCUGUUGAUGUGAUGGAUGUUAGUACGCAGAAAGGCUCUGAGAUGAGCAUGGCUCAGUUUGUGCGCUACUACGAGACACCUGUGGAGGAACGUGACAAGCUGUUUAACGUUAUCAGUCUGGAGUUUAGUCACACCAAACUGGAGAAUCUGAUCAAGAGACCCACUGUGGUGGAUUUGGUGGACUGGGUAGACAACAUGUGGCCACGACAUCUAAAGGAAAGACAAACAGAAGCCACAAAUGUCAUGUCUGAGAUGAAAUAUCCCAAAGUUCAGAGAUAUUGUCUGAUGAGCGUAAAAGGCUGUUUUACUGACUUCCACAUUGAUUUUGGUGGCACAUCGGUAUGGUACCAUGUCUUCAAAGGAAAGAAGGUCUUCUGGCUGAUUCCUCCGAAUUUACACAAUCUGUCUCUUUAUGAGGAUUGGGUGGUUUCUGGUAAACAGAGCGAUAUUUUCCUGGGUGACCGUGCUGAUGGCUGUCAGCGAAUAGAGCUGGAACAGGGCUACACGUUCUUCAUCCCUUCAGGUUGGAUCCAUGCUGUCUACACUCCAGAGGAUACGCUGGUGUUCGGCGGGAAUAUUCUGCACAGUUUUAACAUUCCCAUGCAACUCACUGUCUAUGAAAUUGAGAAUAGGACAAAGGUGCACUCCAAAUUCCGCUACCCUUUCUUUUAUGAGAUGUGCUGGUAUGUGCUGGAGAGGUACGUGCACUGUUUGACCAAACGUUCGCACCUUAGCUCGGACUUCCGCCGGGAGUCUGUUCAAACUGCGGAACCUAAGCUUGUAAUGGAGGAACCGGUCUCAAAUCCCAGGAUGGACAUGGGUGAGGACUCAUGUGAGACACAGUUAGAGAAGACAGAGGGGACAACUCAGCCCUCUGCAGCUCUUCCCUCUCAGACCUUCAAACCCACUCAGGCCAAUGAUUCUGAAGACAGCUUAAAGUCCCUCCUUUCAGAGUGUCCGAAAACUCCAUCUGGCUCACCCGGGAUUGAGCACUCGGGCAAAUGGACCCACUUAACAGAGUUUGAGCUGACCGGACUCAAAGCCCUGGUGGAGAAGCUGGAAUCCCUGCCAGAGACGAAGCGUUGUGUUCCAGAGGGCAUUGAUGACCCACAAGCCCUGCUGGAUGAUGUUAAGGUGGUCUUGAAGGAACAUGCAGAUGACAAUCCGAAGUUGGCCAUCACUGGUUCUCCUAUUGUAUGCUGGCCAAAAAAGACGGGCAAGCCACGGCCGCCCAAUCGGCCGAAAUCCAAGAUGGUCUCGUCUCCAUCCGGCCCGACAGCUGGAGGAGUAAAGCUCUCAGUCAGUCGCAGUUCCUCAAGUGCCCGGCGCAGACGUACGCGCUGCCGGAGAUGUGAGGCCUGCACGCGCAAAGAAUGUGGGGAGUGCCAUUUCUGCAAAGAUAUGAAGAAGUUCGGAGGACCAGGCCGCAUGAAGCAGUCCUGCAUCAUGAGACAGUGCAUAGCGCCUGUCCUUCCUCACACCGCAGUGUGUUCUGUGUGCGGUGAGGCCGGGAAAGAAGACACAGUAGAGAACGAGGAAGAGAAGGUCAGCAUGAUGCUCAUGGAGUGCUCCAUCUGCAAUGAGAUCCUGCAUCCAGCAUGCUUAAAGGAGAAAGAUGCCGAAGGUGUUGUGAAUGAUGAGUUGCCAAACUGCUGGGAGUGUCCAAAAUGCAAUCAGGCCGGAAAGACAGGGAAACAAAAAAGAGGACCGGGUUUUAAGUACGCGUCCAAUCUUCCUGGCUCUCUGCUCAAAGAACAGCGAACGAACCGGGACAUAAAGGAAGAGCUAGACUCAAACAUGUCGACAGAAUCCAACACCUCUACUGUUUCUCCUGUCACAAAGACAGAACGAGAGGACAGUGCUACCUGCAAAUCCGAGGAAAUAUUUAAGAAACAUUCCUUAGACGUCCCUUCAGAAAGUCUAUUGAAACCCAAAUUAGAGGAGAAUCCACUCCGCAAGAAGAGGAAACUCUUUGACAAGGACUCAGAUUCAGAAACCAAUAUCAAGAAAAAGAAGAGAUCAAGGCCUGGUGAUCUGUCAACCUCUAAAGUCCAGCGACAGAUCAAGACAGAGAAAGAGGAUGAUGUGGACUAUGAUGAAGAUAACCGACAAGCAAUGGCAAGAAGACCGUUCAGUUUUGUGCACUCAGAGGAGGAGGAUGGAGACGAUGAAAGGGAGGAGGAAGAAGAGAUAAAGGAGGAGAAGAAAAGCGAAGAAGAAAAUGUGAAACAUGGUCUUCACAUGACCUCUGCUGUACGAGAGAGUGACCAAUCACAUGGCGGUUCUCCACGGGCGGGGCCCAGCAGCAACUUGGGUGGAGACGUGCAGGUGAAGGGUCAACGGAAAGCAAAGCGUAAACCUCGCUUGCCCAACAAAGAACUGAGUAAGGAACUUAGUAAACAGCUUAACCAGGAGAUCCAAAAGACAGAGGAUCGGCUGGCCCAUCAGAAUGGUCACACGGUGAAGAUGGAACUGGGUAGUGAUGGAGAGGACCGAAAGCCAUUGAAUAAUGGCAGUAGCCAUCUAAGAGACUGGCUGAGGCCUAAACGGGAACUGAAUGGAUCCCCGCAAGAGAAGUCUCCAAUGAGCUGUAUUAGGACCGCGCCAACACCUCUCAUUCGGCCGACACCUUGUUGUUCUCCACCGAAAUGUGUUCAAAUGGAGCGUCAUGUGAUUCGACCCCCUCCAAUUAGCCCCCCGCCUGACCGGCUGCCUCUGGAUGAUGGAAACAACCAUGUCAUGCGGAGAGAGGUGUGGAUGGCAGUAUUCAGCCACCUCAGGCACCAAGACCUGUGCAUCUGCAUGCAGGUCUGCAAGACCUGGAAUAGAUGGUGUUGUGAUAAAAGACUCUGGACCAAGAUCGAUCUAAACCGCUGCAAGUCCAUCACACCCCUCAUGCUGAGUGGCAUUAUCCGCAGACAGCCCAUUUCUCUAGACCUGAGCUGGACCAACAUCUCCAAAAAACAGCUCAGCUGGCUAAUCAACAGGUUACCUGGUCUGAGGGUUCUUUUACUGGCAGGGUGCUCAUGGGCAGCUGUUUCAGCUUUAUGCACGUCCAGCUGUCCUUUGCUACGAACUCUGGAUGUUCAGUGGGUUGAGGGACUGAAGGACAACCAAAUAAGAGACUUACUUUCCUCUCCAACAGACAACAGACCAGGUCACCUGGACAGUAGGAGUAAAUUGAGGAACGUUGAGGAUCUUUGUCUAGUUGGUCUGGAUAUCACAGACACGUCCCUGAAGCUAAUCAUAAAACACAUGCCCUCUCUGUCUCGACUGGAUUUAAGUUACUGUAACCACAUCACUGACCAGAGCGUCAACAUCCUUACGGCAGCUGGCACCACAACCAGAGACUCUCUCACACACGUCAAUCUGUCAGUUUGUAACCGAGUUACAGACCAAUCACUGACCUACUUCAAACGCUGUGGAAACAUUUGUCACAUCGACUUGCGUUACUGCAAACAGGUGACCAAAGAGGGUUGCGAACAGUUCAUUGCGGAGAUGUCCGUCAUUGUGCAGUUUGGACUGACCGAAGAGAAACUACUGAGCAAACUGAGCUAGUCAACAAAGACACUGACAGUACACUGUCUUGGAACCCAGGGAACUAACAAUUUAACCCCUACUUUUCUACACUUUUCUUCAACACAGGAUGUGUGAAGCCUACAAGACACUUAUAAGAAAACCAGCAAGUGAUAAUGGAAACUCACUCCAAGCAAAUAUCUGAACUCGCAGAUGCCUGACCUUACAGAUACAGAACUGUAUUCGUUUUAUGUGGCCAUUUCAGCCUUUUGUUUAUGUUGUGCCGCUAUGGCAGACGUUUGUUCAGUUUUUAAGUUUACAAGGCACAGCGAGAAGAGUGUUCCGACUUUAAAGUAAUGUUUACUCAUUUUGCAAACAUUUUAUAUAAAAAGAAAAAGGUUUAAUGGUCACACUGUUCAUUGUUGCAGUGACGAAACUGACUGUUAUUUUCUUUAUCCAAAAAGAAAAAUCUAUGAUGCAUGUGCUUUUUUGUUACCAUGCAAACGUUAAGCGUCAUGCAGUAUUAAUUUUUGUAUCAGAAUGGAUUUCACCCUUAUGUGCAGUAUUAAAUGCACUUGUGUAUAUAGAUGUAUAGACUAUUGACAGUAUUCAGUCAGUACAAAGUUUAUUUUUUUUCUACGCAGUAGGAAGUUAAGAUGCAUAUCUAUUCUAGUUGGUAAUUGUUCAGAUGGUUUUGUAAUGUUAAUUUAAGAUGUGUUGUCCUCUAAUUGUCUUGCAGGUACAUUCUCUUUUCAUACAACUCUUACUUACCUUGGCUUCUUUAAUUUGUAUAUAUCUGGGGUAAAAAAAACUUAUUUGCACUGUUUUACCUUAAAAAAUACAGAUAUUUUUUCCAGUGU